GGGAAACAUUGGAAAACUCAUAUUCUCUCAGGCUGGAUUCACUCGUUUUCACCAAUGGAUGGAGUUUAUUUCCCAGAGAGCGCAGUGACUUCUUAAAAACUUCACACUCUGUGCUGGGUGCUCCUCCUGGAGUUCUCAAGGCGAUGGAGCAGCGCGGAGGUGCAGGCGGGGGAACAGAGAGCCCCAGCCUUCAAGACAGCGCCAGCCCAGAGGAAAGAGGGGAGAGCCCCUCUUCCAGUGGACCCCCGCCGUGCAAGUCGAGCCGCCUGGAGAUCAAUGGCAGCCCAGCAGCUCCUCGGACCAGACAGAACGGCACACCGCUGAGACCGCUAGGAGGUCUGAUGAUCCCGGUCUACUGCGUGGUGGAGCACGCAGAUGUGGGCGUCGCCGGUGACUGUGAGGGGCACGGCGACCGUCACGCUGAGUUUGUGUUGGUUCAUAAGGAUGUCCUCUUCACACAGCUGGUGGAGACGGCACUGGUCGCUCUGGGAUACUCACACAGCUCAGCUGUACAGGCAAGUGGCAUCAUUAAAGUGGGCCGCUGGAAGCCGAUGCCCAUCCACUACCUGACCGACGCUCCAGAGGCGACAGUGGCCGACAUGCUGCUGGACGUUUACCACAUGGUCACACUGCGGAUCCUUCUGCACAGCUUUGCGCGGCUUGAGGAGCUGCCGUCAGAGCAGUGGACCCACGCAACGGUGAGGAACGCCCUCAAAGAGCUGCUCAGAGAGACCAAUCAGAGCGCGCUGGCCAAGGAGUGUCCUCUCUCACAGAGUAUGAUCUCAGCGAUAGUGAACAGUUCUUACUACAUCAAUGUCUCCACCUCUAAAUGCCAGGAGUUUGGACGCUGGUACAAGAGGUACAAACGUAUCAAAGGUGAAUACAUUGAGAAGAUGUGGUCAGCACAGGACAAAUCAGAUAUUAAAGUGGAGAGAGAUUUGGACCUGAGCGUCCUCAGCCAGCGCCUUCCUUCUCUCUUACCCUCCCCCACGCUUGGCGGCCCCGGAGCUCUAUCCAUCAAGAGCGGCCUCGGGGACACUCAGACCUCCACCCAGCCACACUGUCUGCCUCACCCCACCAGCCAGCACCACCCCAAUGCACCACUGCGUCCCCAGGGUCCACCUCUCCUGGGCCACAGCGGGCUCCUGUCCCCACAACUCUCCCCUCAGCUCGUCCGUCAGCAGCUCGCCAUGGCCCACCUCAUCAACCAGCAGCUCGCCGUGAGCCGCCUGCUCGCUCACCAGCACCCACAGGGAGUCAACCAGCAGUUCCUCCACCACCCGCCCAUCUCUCGGACCUGCAAGGGCUCUGGGGCCGCUGCUGAGCCCGGCCUCAACUGCUCAGGGGCCGAAGUCUCCUCCAGCAUCUACCAGCAAGUCAGGAACGAGCUGAAGAGGGCCAGCAUUUCUCAGGCGGUGUUCGCCCGCGUAGCUUUUAACCGAACACAGGGUCUGCUGUCAGAGAUCCUCCGUAAGGAGGAGGAUCCUCGCUCGGCGUCACAGUCGCUGCUGGUUAACCUGAAGGCCAUGCAGAACUUCCUCAACCUGCCAGAGGGCGAGCGAGACCGCAUCUACCAGGAGGAGAGAGAGAGGAGCACGAACUCCAACCACAACCUCUCCACCAACCACAUCGCCAACAGCAACACACACAGACACCCACAGACAAAGUGCAUGUCUGCUGCAGAGCUGCCGCUGAAGCUGGACUCGCUGGUGAACAUUUCGUCAGGGAUCUAUGAUGAGAUCCAGCAGGAGAUGAAGAGGGCGAAGGUCUCCCAGGCUCUGUUCGCCAAGGUGGCUGCCAAUAAAAGUCAGGGCUGGCUGUGUGAGCUGCUCAGGUGGAAGGAGAGCCCGAGCCCCGAGAACCGCACGCUAUGGGAGAACCUGUGCACCAUCAGGAGGUUCUUGGCGUUAUCGCAGGCCGACAGAGAUCAGGUCUACGAGGAGGAGUCGAGGCAGCAGCACAGCGACAGGCACCACACAGUCCUGCACGUCCCAGAACAGCAGGCGCUCCACAGACCACCUUUGCCACCUCUGACCACUCCAUCUCCAAUUCAUGAAGACCCUCAGCCCAUCCCAUUGCUGGUCCUGCAUGGCUCGGAAGACGCACCUCAGCAUGGUAUGAGUCCCGGCCUCGGAGGCGGAGGACCAAAGAAGGCCCGCUCCAGGACAAGGAUCUCCCUUGAGGCUCUGGGAAUCCUGCAGAGCUUCAUCGGCGAUGUGGGGCUCUACCCCGACCAGGAGGCCAUCCACACCCUGUCAGCCCAGCUGGAUCUGCCCAAACACACCAUCGUCAAGUUCUUCCAGAACCAGCGCUACAACGUCAAGCACCACAACCAGGUCAGAGAGCCAGUACCCGGGGAGGACGACCGGGAGAGCUUGAGUCCCAGCGAGGGGGUCGUCUGCGCGGCGGAGAGUCGAGGAGAGGAGGGGCUGUCUGCGUCUGAGGAGAGCGAGGACGGGAGAGGAUCAGUGGAGGCGUUCAGAACAGAGGGAGGAGACAGAGGAGAAGAAAGAGAGGUGGAAAUGGAGACGGAGAAGGAAGAAGGGGAUGAUGGGAAAGCCUCAGGACCAGCGACUUCCUCCCUGUCCCCCUACAGCAGCCUGGACAGCCCCCACUCUGCAGAGCAGCAGAGAUAACAGCAGAGAAAAACACUCGAUGGAGGCAAAGGACAGCAUCAAACUGUGACGUCCACACAGAAAACCUGUGAAUAAGCACCCUUUGAUCACCUGUACCAGAGCUGAUCAUCAGAGCUCGUUCAAAUCUGAGGAACUGUGGAAACAUAUUUAAGUAAGUUUGACUGAAAAGGGUUUCAAAGGUACUUCCACUACCUACAGAUACUUCCAGUAUUCUUGGUUUGAUGCUGCCUGUAAUAAAAAUACACAAAAAAACAUACAUCCUCCUAAAUUUUGUUUUUUUCUGGUGAGGAUGGGACCACAUUUCAGUUGGCUUUAAACAACAAAUUCCUCGAGUUGGGUUUUUUAAUACCUCUGUCAGCUUUUGAAAAUUUGACCAUCAUCGCUUUUCUUUUGCUGCAUUCACAAACCUUUCACAAGUAUGUAAACCU